CGACGGAUUCCGUCACCCCAUUUGCCCCUGGCUGCUCGGUGUGGCACCGUGGGCCAUCGCCCCGGUACUGCUCACCUUAUUAUGCAGCCCAAGACCCCUGAGCCUUGCCUCCUGUACUGCAGCACCGCUUAUCCAACCUAAUCUUUUCAAAAGUUUCCGUGUUUAUCCAUUUAUUGACCCUUUCUAGUCCACGCAGAACCGUCGCUCGACGCCUGUCGCAUCGUCCGCCAAACAUCACAGCUAUCUAUUGUCUGCCUCAUUUUUCUUCACUAGCUUCUAAUCACGCACCUAUCAAUCCGGCCAAUUCGACCGAAUCUACGGAAAUGAAUGAUUCGAAUGGGAUUCCCGUUUUCAGCACCCCUGAAGGAAUGCUGGCUAAGCAUCCCAGCAAACCACAUUUGGAAAGUUUCGAAAACUACAAGCAGCUAUACCAAGAAUCAAUCAACAACCCCCGAGAGUUUUGGGGUAAACAAGCCCGUGAGCUCGUAUCUUGGUCUAAAGACUUCGACAGGGUGCACAAUGGGGGUUUCACUCAUGGAGACAAUGCUUGGUUCUUGGGAGGCAAACUCAAUGCUUCGUUCAACUGCAUCGACCGCCAUGCAUUUGAAGAUCCCGACAGGGUGGCACUCAUCUUUGAGGCUGAUGAAAUCAACUCUGGCCGAACUCUAACCUAUGGUGAUCUGCUGCGAGAGGUAUGCAAGCUCUGCCAUGUACUCAAGCGAAUGGGUGUGCAGAAAGGUGACAUUAUUGCUGUUUAUCUGCCCAUGGUUCCGGAGGUGGUCAUUGCUUUGCUCGCCUGCGCUCGCAUCGGUGCAAUUCAUUCUGUCAUUUUUGCCGGGUUUUCUGCCGAUUCCGUGAGGGACCGCAUCCUGGAUGCAAGAUGCAAGGUCGUUCUCACUGCGGACCAAGGCAAGCGAGGAGGCAAAACGAUUAGCAUCAAAGCGAUCGUCGACAAAGCGCUUUCUCAAUGCUCUGCCGUAUCCCACGUCUUGGUUCUUCAACACACGGGUGCACAAGUUUCUUGGGUAUCUGGAAGAGAUCAUUGGUGGCAUCAAGAAGUUCAGAAAUGGCCUGGGUACAUUCAGCCAGAGGAAAUGGACUCGGAAGAUCCGCUGUUUCUUCUAUAUACAUCCGGAUCAACGGGCAAACCAAAGGGCAUCGUGCAUUCUACCGGCGGCUAUCUUGUCGGGGCCGCUUCCACAGGAAAAUACGUCUUUGACAUUCACGACGCCGACCGGUUCUUUUGCAGCUGCGAUGUCGGAUGGAUCACAGGGCAUACCUAUGUGGUGUACGCACCAUUGCUUCUUGGUAUCACAACGAAACACCAAAUCACGCAUUUCUAUGUUGCUCCAACCGCGCUUCGCUACUUGAAACGAGCUGGCGAUGAGUAUGUCACGGGCACCAUGAGUCAUCUGCGAGUUCUGGGUUCUGUUGGUGAGCCGAUUGCACCUGAGAUUUGGAAGUGGUACUUCGACAUUGUGGGGAAGAAGGAAGCACAUGUCGUCGAUACUUAUUGGCAGACAGAGACAGGAUGCAAUGUUAUCACUCCUCUUGCCGGUAUCACACUGAUGAAACCUGGUUCUGCCUCUCUUCCCUUCUUUGGCAUUGAGCCGGUUAUUCUAGAUCCGGUUUCUGGCAGCGAGAUUGAUCACAGCAAUGUUGAGGGCGUCCUUGCAUUCAAGCAGCCGUGGCCUAGCAUGGCACGAACAGUGUGGGGUGCUCACGAUCGAUACAUCGACACAUAUCUCAAGCCCUUCAAGGGAUACUACUAUACUGGUGACGGCGCCAGUCGUGAUGAUGACGGGUUCUUCUGGAUUCGUGGCCGCAUGGACGACAUCAUCAACGUGAGCGGGCACCGCCUGUCAACGGCCGAGAUAGAGGCCGCAUUCAUUGAACAUCCCGCAGUCUCCGAAGCAGCGGUGGUUGCUACACCUGAUGAGCUCACAGGCCAAGCAUCGAAAGCUUUCUUGACCUUGAAGGACGGCUCCCAAGGAAAUCACAGCUUACACAAAGAACUAGUUCAACAAGUUCGAAAAUCAAUUGGUCCCUUCGCCACUCCAAAAGGGAUCUAUGUAGUGCCUGAUUUGCCCAAGACUCGCUCUGGAAAGAUCAUGCGCCGCAUCUUGAGAAAGAUUUUGGCCGCUGAGGAGGAUCAACUGGGGGAUAUCUCCACUCUGUCUGAUCCGUCGGCUGUCGGGAAGAUCAUCGAGGCUGUUCGGACGGCAACUGAGUAAUGAAUUUGGGUGUGGUUAAAACCGUUAGAUGGACUUUUCGAAGAUAUAAUGCGUUUAUUCUGCGCUAGGGCCUCCCGUCCUCUAAUACUUCUCCUUUACCUAUUUACGUCAUUGUAUUCCAGAAUAAAAAUUCUAAUGUCUCCCCUUUACGUGAAGGUUCAUUGGUCUAUUUCUUCUUCAUCCU